AUGGCGGCUACUUGUUUUCGGCGCGCUGCUGCUCUGCUGGUACUGGUAGCAGCAGCAGCCGUCGUGGCCCUGCAGGCGGCGGCCGGCGACGUCGACCCACUCGAGGGCAGGUACCCGCCGCUGGCGCCGGGCCUGUCGUUCGACUUCUACAAGAAGAGCUGCCCGAAGGCGGAGUCCAUCGUGCGGGAGUUCCUGUCGUCAGCGGUGCGGCAGAACGUGGGGCUCGCCGCGGCGCUGAUCCGGCUCCACUUCCACGACUGCUUCGUGCAGGGCUGCGACGCCUCCGUCCUGCUGGACUCCACGCCCACCCAGCCCAGCGAGCAGCUGUCGCCGCCCAACCUCACGCUCCGCCCCGCCGCUUUCAAGGCCGUCAACGACAUCCGCGCGCGCCUCGAGCAGGCCUGCGGCCGCGUCGUCUCCUGCGCCGACAUCGUUCGCGCUCGCCGCCCGUGA